CCAGUUACCUCAGUCACGUGGGCUCUGCACUUUUCCUUAAAGGUCCUGGGCCAGCUCUGAUACCACAGAGCUACAGCUCUUAGAGAUAAACAAGAUUUUCUGCAGAGAGAAAAGAAGGAUUUGAAAAAUUACCCGCCACAAUGACAGACAGAAGCCCUUUCGAAACGGACAUGUUCACCCUGACCCGCUAUGUUACGGAAAAGGGGCGUCAGGCGAAAGGGACGGGAGAGCUGACACAACUGCUGAACUCCAUGCUGACGGCCAUCAAAGCCAUUUCCUCGGCUGUGCGCAAGGCUGGCCUGGCCAACCUGUAUGGGAUUGCGGGAGGUGUAAACGUGACGGGGGACGAGGUGAAGAAACUGGAUGUGUUAUCCAAUUCUUUGGUAAUCAACAUGCUCCAGUCCUCCUACAGCACCUGUGUACUGGUCUCAGAAGAGAAUAAAGAGGCAGUUAUCACCGCCAAGGACAAGAGGGGGAAAUAUAUUGUCUGCUUUGACCCACUGGAUGGAUCUUCCAACAUUGACUGUCUGGCCUCCAUUGGAACCAUAUUUGCCAUCUACAGAAAGACUUCAGAGGAUGAGCCUUCUGAAAAGGAUGCCCUGCAGCCAGGCCGCAAUAUUGUUGCUGCAGGCUAUGCACUCUAUGGCAGCGCAACCCUGGUGGCUCUCUCCACUGGGCAAGGAGUGGACCUCUUCAUGCUUGACCCAGCUCUUGGUGAAUUUAUUCUGGUGGAAAAAGAAGUCAAAAUUAAAAAGAAAGGAAAGAUUUACAGCCUCAAUGAGGGCUAUGCCAAGUAUUUUGAUGCUGCCACCACGGAAUAUGUGCAGAAAAAGAAAUUUCCUGAGGAUGGUGGCACUCCCUAUGGGGCCAGGUAUGUGGGCUCCAUGGUGGCCGAUGUGCACCGCACCCUAGUCUAUGGAGGGAUUUUCCUAUACCCAGCGAACCAGAAAAGUCCUAAAGGCAAGCUCCGGCUCCUGUAUGAGUGCAAUCCUGUGGCCUACAUCAUUGAACAGGCGGGAGGCUUGGCGACCACAGGCACCCAGCCUGUGCUGGAUGUGAAGCCUGAGGCCAUUCACCAACGAGUGCCCCUUAUUCUGGGAUCCCCGGAUGAUGUGCAGGAAUAUCUCACCUGUGUACAACGAAACCAGGCAAGCAGGUAGUGAAUCUGACACUGCAAGCCCUCUUCUUUUUGUCUUGUACUUUGUGUUAAGGACCGUAAAUGAAUGAUAAGCAGAAACAGUGGUGACAAGUAACAAAGGCCCACCCACCCAAUCACAAACAGAAAAGCAGCAUCAAACUGCGAGUGACAGGUCUAAAGGCCAGAGGCAACUCUGUGGUCAGUGUAAAUGGCUAAAAAUAAAGAUCCACAUGUGAAAAGAAAA